AUGCAUCCGCUGAAGAAAAUUCUUUUUUGUAUAGCCAAGAUUCUUCCACCGAUACCAUUACGUCCACCUCCGGUUCCAAAGAGAAAUUUGCCUGUCACAACAGUCACGAACAAGGUAAAAAUAACACCCAACAACAAGCCUGCUGAACCACCUCCACUACCACCAACACCGAAAUGCCGUGCCCUUCCGAACAACCCCUUUGCCGAUAAAGUAAAACCGCCCCUUCGCCAACAAGCUUCCAACGAAGCUAACAAUAUCAACCACAAUCGAAGAUUCGAUGUUAACAGGAAUUCCUGCCCCAAACAAAAUAGUAAAGCUUUUCAGUUCGAUAGUGCCAAUCCCCCGCAACACCAAGACUGCAACAAAAUCCCCCCAGCCCCCGUAGGACCGCCUCCUCCGGCACCAAAAUCACACAAACCUAACAUGUCAUCGAAUAAAGUUCCGGCUAAUCAACAGCCCCACGGGAGGGUUUCCAUACGGCAGGACUCCAGCGUUUCCAGCGACAGCUUCAGUCAGAAUUCUUCGCCCAGUUACACCACGAAGACUAUGGAAACCCCUCUGUUGCCUCCACGAACGCCGGUGAAACAGCAAAAUGGUGGCUUGAUUCCGAAAGUGAAAGACGUCGAAGAUGAUGCGAAUGGAAAUUCUACCAUCACCAAAAGCGCUUCAACACCUGCUAGUUUACAGACGAUCGUCAGGUUCCAUAACGGUUCCAAUAUGUCUUUACAUCACAGGAUCAUCAGAGACAUACGUCGUCCGUCAUCAGUCUACGCACAUAGACUGAAAUUUAGAUUUGCUCAACUAGUGAUCAACGCUUUAGCACUUUUUGCCAUAGGGGCUGGAAUGGCAGUUUAUUUCAAAGCUUAUCCCACUUCUGUGAAAAUAGUCAACAAAUCCAUAAACGUAACGACCACUCCGAUCGUGAUCGAAAAAAAAAGUGACAACCCAGCUCCGGGCAUUUGUCUCACGGUCAUCGUUCAAUUCUGCAAGCAACACGGAAUACCAUACAACUUCACCGUGUUCCCAAAUUACAUAGGACACUUCGGGCAGAGGGACGCCGAACAGGAAUUAGAAGUAUACGAGGCCGUAGUAGACGUCAAGUGCUAUGACUUAGCGGCGCUGUUUCUAUGCUCGCUCUUCGUACCGAAAUGUGGACCAUCUGGUGGAGUGGUACGACCCUGUAGGAGUUUAUGUUUAGAAACAAAGAGGAGGUGCGGGUUUUUCCUGGACGUAUUUGGCCUGGCAUUACCGGAGUACUUGGACUGCGAACUUUUCCCGGAAUCAACUAAUCCCAACCUGUGUGUCGGACAUCACGAAGUCAAGCAAGCAAAACUACAUGAAGCCAGACCAGUUUGCGAUUUUGGUUUCCAAUGCGACGUUAAGCGAUGCAUCCCGAAAGAUUGGCAGUGUGAUGGUCACGUGGACUGUAAAGAUCAAUCCGAUGAACUGAAGUGUCACAAAUGCGGUCCAGGUAUGAUCAAUUGCGGAGCAGAUAAAUGUAUCACACAAGAACAUCUGUGCGACGGAAAAGUCGACUGCCCUUGGGGACAGGACGAGAGGAAUUGCUUGAGAUUGAGCGAGAGAAAUGGAGAUGAAGGAAAAGGUCAAUUAGAAGUGUAUCGAGCUGAUCGGGAGAAAUGGGUACCAGCUUGCGUACUCCAUUGGGAUGAGAGAACAUCUGCGAAAACCAUAUGCUCGUUGCUGGGAUAUUCGUAA